GCCACUACGAAAAGGGAGACUGGGGUGGGCUUUUGGCAUUGGUCGGACGAAACACUCCAUGAACAUACACUAGGUUCCCCAGAUCAUGUGGCUUCAUCAGGCGCCGUCGCCUUGACACGGCGAUGGUACGCCGUACGGUACCUUGCCCUACUUUCCAAGCUUGCUGGCGUGCCUACCUCGGUACGUGGUAGCGAAGGGUAGGGUGGUGAUCGGGACUCCGGUAUUACGACGCGGAAAAACACACCAAGUGCCCGGGGCGGAAUCAAAUUUCCUCCAACUACCGUCUUCAGAUUCCACCUGCUCGGGACGGCCAGUGGGAUGCCAUGGGUCUAUAAAGGGGCAGUAGCCUGGUCCACAAGUCCACAACAUAUAUUAGCUGUCGUUACACCUAGCAACCUGCAAUCAAUUAGCAGAUAUGUUCUCAAAGCCGAGCCUCGAACGUGCCUGGGUGUUAGCCCUAGGCCUUGCUACUACAGGCAGCCUCGUCGCCGCGGGCCCCUGCGACAUCUACGCCUCGGGAGGCACGCCCUGCGUCGCUGCACACAGUACCACUCGUGCCCUGUACAACGCCUACAGCGGGCGCCUCUACCAAGUAAAACGAGACUCGGACGGCAAGACGACCGACAUCUCGCCGCUUUCGGCCGGGGGCGUCGCCAAUGCCGCGGCGCAGGAUUCCUUCUGCGCUAGCACGACGUGCCUCAUCACCAUCAUCUACGACCAGUCCGGUCGUGGCAACCACCUCACCCAGGCUCCGCCCGGCGGCUUCAAGGGCCCGGAAGCGAAUGGCUACGACAACCUGGCCAGCGCAAUAGGCGCGCCUGUCACGCUGAACGGCAAGAAGGCCUACGGUGUGUUUGUGUCGCCGGGCACCGGCUACCGCAACAACGCCGCCAGCGGCACGGCCACGGGGGAUGCGGCCGAGGGCAUGUACGCCGUGCUGGACGGAACGCACUACAACGGCGCGUGCUGCUUCGACUACGGCAACGCCGAGACCAACAGCCUCGACACAGGCAACGGCCAUAUGGAGGCUAUCUACUUCGGCGACUGCACCUCGUGGGGCUCCGGCUCUGGCAGCGGGCCGUGGAUCAUGGCCGACCUCGAGAACGGGCUCUUCUCGGGCGUCAACCCCCGGCAGAACACGGGCGACCCGUCCGUCUCGUACCGCUUCACCACGGCCGCCAUCAAGGGGCGGCCCAACCAGUGGGCCAUCCGCGGCGCCAACGCCGCCUCAGCCAGCUCUAUGUCGACCUUCUACAGCGGCGCGCGGCCGGCCAACGGCUACAACCCGAUGCGCAAAGAAGGCGCCAUCAUCCUCGGCAUCGGCGGCGACAACAGCAACGGCGCCCAGGGCACCUUCUACGAGGGCGCCAUGACCUCGGGCUACCCGUCCGACGCGACCGAGAACGCCGUGCAGGCCGACAUCGCCGCCGCCAAGUACGUCGUGACGCCGCUGACCAGCGGGCCCGCCCUGACCAUCGGCUCGUCCGUCUCCCUGCGCGCCACCACGCCGGGCUACACCGACCGCUAUCUCGUGCACAACAGCUCCAACGGCAUCGUCACGCAGGCCGUCUCCUCCUCCUCCAGCAGCUCCGCUCUCAAGCAGCAGGCCACCUGGAUCGUGCGCUCGGCACUCAACAAUAAUAACAAUAAUAAUGGAAAUGGAAACAGCGGCUGCGUGUCGUUCGAGUCCAAGGACCAGGCCGGGCGGUACAUGCGGCACUACAACUUUGCGCUGCAGCUCGCAGCCGACGACGGGACCAAGCAGAUGCGCGAGGACGCGACCUUCUGCCCGCUGGCGCCGCUCAACAACGGGCAGCAGCAGGGAGGUAGUACCCACUCGAUCAGGGCGUGGAAUUAUCCGACGCGGUAUCUGCGCCACUAUGCGAAUGUUGCGUACGUGGCAAGCAAUGGUGGUGGGGUGCACCCCUUUGAUGCGGCGGCCAGUUUCAGUGAGGAUGUGAGCUGGUUUGUUGGCGCUGGGUUUGUGUGAAUAAUAAGGUACCUAAGGUUUGAUAAGGCAGCUGGAGCGUACGGUAGGGAGUGUUGGAAUUCAAGGUGGGGCAAUGGAUAGAUUAGGAGGAGUCAAAAUGAAAUGUCCAUACCUUAUCUAGGUAGGUAAGGUAGUUAUUUUGAUUUGUCUGGAAAAUGUCUGGAUUACGUGGUGGUGAACGGUCUCGACUCUAACCCUAACCCGCACAAGUACUGUACAUCCAAGUCCCAUGUUGCUGCUGGAGGAAGAAAUCACAGAACAAAAUCCAAGACCCGGGAGAGACCCAAAAUACGGCAGACCAAAAUACAGGUUGGAAAACAAAACAGACGGAGC